AUGAAGAAUCUACUACUUUUUGUAAUUUCUUUGUAUUUCUGUGGUUAUAAGUUAUGUAAUUAUGUUAAUCACAGAUUACUGCUUGAGGUUUCAUAUGGUCAAGUAAAUGAAUUAGUCUUUCCUCCAAAUUUGGAAUAUAUGAUGAGUGACGUGGGUGGCGAAAAUUUAAAAAGAGAAAACAAAAAAAAUGAGAAAAAAGGCGAAAACGACAAUAGUAGUAAUAACAGCAGUAAUCGGAGCAGUAAUCCGAGCAGUAAUCCGAGCAGUAAUCCGAGCAGUAUUCGGAGCAGUAAUCCGAGCAAUUAUCCUAGCAGUAACCGCAGUACUAAUAGCAAAAAUAACCUCAUGCACAGAUCCGGAAAUUCCGGGGAGGGAUACUCGAGGAGAGCAGGGCGCAAAGAUGCAUUAAACUUAACAAGCAGCAAAAAGAGAGGAACAAAUUACGACAAUGAAAAUUACCAAAUGUUUUUUGAUAAGGAACAUAAUGGGGAAGAAACCGAUAUUUUGAAAAUAAAUAAAGAUAAAUUAAAAAAUAGAAAAAAGAAAAAGAGAAAUGGUAAAAAAAGAGACAAAUGGAUGCAAUUUUUAAAUAAAGACAAAUAUAUACAUUAUGAAAAAAAAUUAAAAGAUGAUAAGUCAGAGGAGAACAACAGUAAGCGGAUUAAGUCACAUAUGGACAAUUCACUUGAUAUUACUAAUUUGUAUCCUAUACAGAAUUAUAGUAAGAAAUAUGACAUAAAUAAGACAGCAAAAACGGAUGACCUUAAUAAUAAUGUAAGAGAAAGUUUCCUGUACAGCGAAUUAAAAAAUGUAGAUUAUUCUGAACAUGGUAAUAAUUGGAAUAUAGGAAUGUGUAAAAGGGGAAGACAUCAAUCCCCUGUAGAUUUGCAUUUACAUGGUUUAAAAGAAAGAGAAUUGAAAAAUAUAACAGACGUUUAUUUAAAUUUAUUUUAUGAUGAUGAUUAUGCAUGGAAUAACUAUAACAAACCAUGGAUGAAGGGUGAUAUAUUUUAUUUUUAUGAAUACUUAAUAAAAAAAUUAGUAAUUAAUAGAAGGGACAAUAUGUUUCAAAUAAAAGCUGCUAAUAAUGGAAUUACUCCCUUUGGAGUAUUAUUUACUACUGAUGAGCCAUCUAUGUUUUAUGCUGAUCAGAUACAUUUUCAUUCCCCGAGCGAACAUACAUUUGAAGGAUCAGGAAAUAGAAGAGAAAUUGAAAUGCAAAUAUUUCAUAAUACAAAUGAUUCAUAUGAAUAUGAUGAAGAAGUAUGGAAUGGGUUACCUAUACAAAAGAAAACUCAUAUGAAUAACAAUUUAAAAAAUAACAACAGGAAAGAAGAAAAUAAUUACCAUUCAUACAUUAUUACUUUUUUAAUGAAUAGUUUAUCUAAUCAACAAUUACAGAAAAAAUAUAGUAAAAGAAAAAAAAAAAGAAACAUGAAAAAACAAUAUCAGGUUAUAUCAGUAACUUUUACUAGUGCUGAGAUUAAUAAAUCAACUAUUACCAGUUUUGAAAAAUUACCUUCCGAAAAAUUUUUAAGAACUAUAUUAAAUGCAUCCAGAAAAGUUCUUGUAGGGUCAGAGCCGAUGCUAGUACAGUUGGAUGAAGAACUAAAUUUGAACUCCCUAAUGAUGAUGUUAAAUAUUGAAGACAUGGAGUUCUUAGCAUACCAUGGGUCAUCUACUUUACCGGAAUGUGAAGAAAAUGUACAUUGGAAGGUGGCAAAACAAGCUUUGCCUGUAUCAACAGAAACUAUAUUAAACUUUUAUAAAAUGCUUAAAAAGAAUACAAGUAAUUAUAAAGGUAGUGAAAAUGAUAAUUACCGAAAUUUGAAAAAUGUACAAGAUGAUCUACAAAAUUAUGGUAAGAUAUACAUAAUUCAAGGUUUUCCUAUUCAAGUGCUAAUAUCUUCAGCCUUAUCUACUUAUGAAGACAAAGAAAUUAUUAAUAUUAUUAAGGAAGCAUAUAUAAAAUCCUUUUCUUCAUAUAUAUACCUCAGUUACUUUCUUUUAUUUAUUUUAUUUUUAUAA